GACUUUUGGCAAGUGCGUCAUCUUAUCAGGAAGAGACGCAACUGCCCCAAAGAGCGAGGGGACGCAGUGUGGGUGCGUGAUCUGAAGAGGAGAGUCUCGUGCGGAGGAAAAGUUUCCAUGAGUUCAGCCAAGGACAACAAGUAAGAGGGCUUCAGGUGCUUCUUUUACCGACCCAUGCUGGAUGAAAAGGAGGCUUCAUAAGGUUUAUACCUGACUAUCACUUUUGUCGGUGCAACAUGCCUGAUGAAAUGGCGAGGCCCCUAAUCCGAGAAAGAGGGGAAGGAGCGGGCUCCCGAAAUUUUGAAGCCUCCAUGUCUGAACUUGGUGCUCCGGUCGUUGGCAUUCUGGGGACGGGGGAUUUCUCCCGCUCACUGGCAACAAGGUUGGUGGCCUCUGGCUACCAGGUGGUGGUGGGAAGUCGAACCCCAAAACGCUCUGUGGCUCUAUUCCCUGAAGAGGCUGAGGUGACAACCCAGUUAGAGGCAGCCAGUCAGGCCGAUCUGGUCUUUGUUGCUGUGUUCCCUGAGCACCAUUCCACACUGGUGCAGCUGAAGCCGGCGCUGGCUGGGAAGACACUUGUGGACGUCAGCAAUGGUUUGAGAGUCAACCGAGACGGGCCCUCGAAUGCCGAACGGCUAGCUGACAUGUUCCCGGAGAGUUCUGUGGUGAAAGGAUUCAACACCAUAUCAGCCUGGACACUCCAGAUGGGACCUCGGGAUGGAAGCAGGCAGGUGUUCCUGUGCAGCAACAGCAGCAAGGCCAAGAGUCCAGUGAUGCAGCUCUGUCGCAGAAUGGGCUUCAUCCCUGUGGACAUGGGUCUCCUCUCGUCUUCUCUGGAGAUUGAAAACCUCCCUCUGUAUUUAUUCCCCUCCUGGCGCAUCCCAGUUAUCUGCACUCUCUCCCUGUUCCUAUUCUUCUACUUGUACAACUUCCUCCGGGAUAUUCUGCAGCCCUACGUCACAGCAAGGAAGAGCGUUUUCUACAAAAUGCCGAUAGAGACUGUUAAUGUCACUCUUCCAUGUGUGGCCUUGGUGAUGAUGGCGCUGGUGUAUCUGCCGGGUUUAUUGGCCGCGUUCCUGCAGCUGUGGUGGGGCACCAAGUACAAACGCUUCCCCUGUUGGCUGGACCGAUGGCUCACUGGGAGGAAGCAGUUUGGGCUGUGUAGCUUCAUGUGCGCAGUGCUGCAUGCGAUCUACAGUCUGUGUCUCCCCAUGAGGAAGUCAGCCCGCUACAAACUGCUCAACCUUGCUUUCAAACAGGUGAAAGACCAGGUGGAGGUCUCAUGGGUGGAAGAGGACGUCUGGAGGAUGGAGCUGUACCUCUCAGCAGGCAUCAUGGCCCUGGGUCUGCUCUCUCUGCUGGCCGUCACUUCGCUGCCCACUGUGUCGAACACUGUUAACUGGAGAGAGUUCAGCUUCAUACAGUCCACUCUAGGUUACUGCACCUUGUCCAUGGCCACCCUCCACACACUCCUCUUCGGUUGGAACCGCGCCUUUGACCCCGGCCAGUACCGCUUCAAUCUGCCUCCUACAUUUAUGCUGGUCCUGAUUCUUCCCAUCACAGUUCUGCUGGGUCGCCUGGCUCUGUUUGUGCCCUGUGUGGCCGGGCGGCUCAGACAGAUCCGCCGUGGCUGGGAGAAGAGCAGACACAUCCGCUUCAUCCUGCCGGAAGACAACUGCCGUAAUGGAGUAGAGGAUGUCAGUCAUGUUUGAUGAACACACCGUUAGAGACAUGUGGAAUCUAAUAAUACUGUUGCACAAUGCACUGCCAAUAAUAUCGUUUUCCAGUGUAUUUCCAAUUCGUAUUUUGUUUUUGUCUUGAGUUAUAUGUGUUCUUGCCAAAGACAACUCUCUGUUUUGUGAUUGUUUUAAAUAAAUUGAAAUAAAACAA